UCUUGGAGUGUGUCUCCCCCACUCUUCCUGACUAAGUUUUAUUCUUGGAAGGAGGAAAAGAAAGGAGGCGUGGACUGUGGGCAGGGAGGAAGCUAAGGUUCCUCAGUUCUCACUUCAAACUGUGUCAUAGUGUCGACAUGGGUUGCCAAGAAGACAUGGUAGUAGAGAAGAUCUGUGACAUCUACCACAGCAUCUCAAGCCUGGAAUCUCUGAAACCAUCAAAAGAUGUCAACAUGUUCUUCACACAGCUUGUCCUCACAUGCAUCCCACCCAUCCCUAUCGAUGUCACCAAGCUUUCCAAACCUAUCCAAGACAUUCGUUCUAAACUCAUUAGACUUUGUGGAGAAGCAGAAGGUCUCUUAGAAUCUCACUUCUCUACCCUCCUGGGUUCUUUCAAGAACCCACUUAAUCAUAUCAACAUCUUUCCUUACUACUCCAAUUAUCUCAAACUAAGCCACCUUGAAUUCACUCUCCUUAUCAAGCACUGCACUAAUGUCCCUACUCGUAUCGCUUUCAUUGGCUCCGGUCCCCUCCCUCUCACCUCCAUUGUCUUGGCCUCUUAUCACCUUAAGACAUCUACCUUUCACAAUUAUGACAUCGAUGCUUCGGCUAACUCUCUAGCCCACAACUUGAUCUCUUCUGAUCCUGACCUCUCUCAACGCAUGUUUUUCCAUACUACUGAUAUCAUGGAUGUCUCCAUUGCCCUUAGGGACUAUGAAGUUGUUUUCUUGGCAGCUCUUGUGGGGAUGAACAAGGAAGAGAAGGCUCAGUUCAUUGAUCACCUGGCCAAGUACAUGGCCCCUGGUGCUCUUUUGAUGCUUAGAAGUGCACAUGGUGCAAGGGCUUUCCUCUACCCAGUCAUUGAUCCUUGUGAUCUCCGGGGGUUUGAGGUUUUAUCGGUCUUUCAUCCAACUGAUGAAGUGAUAAAUUCAGUGGUGAUCGCCCGAAAAUAUCCACUACCCAUCCCUGCAGUACUAGAUCAAGUCCAUGGACCCAUAAUUCUACCUGGCAAGUGUUCUGAGAUUCAAGCCUUCAAUCCCCUCAGCCAUGGCAACCUGAUUGAAGAGUUGACCAUUGAGGAGAAACUUUCUUGAUUGAUCUUCCCUUCUUAUGUGUUCUGUGUCCUCUUUUUUUUUUUUUUUUUCUUUCAGUAAGUAAGAAGAAUCUUGAUCACUUUCAUCACUGAUCUGAAUAUGUUUCUUCCCUUUUAACAUUAUUAGUUAAAGAUAAGAUUGAUGUAUUAAUCCAUGCGUGUUAACUGAACUGUUGGGUGAUUUGAUGAUUUGACAAAAGAGAAAAUGGUGUUA